GAUAAAGUUAAACUUCUGACACAAUCCGGUCAAUUGCAAAACUAACUUUUGAACUUUAGACGACUUACUAUUAUGUCUUCUCUCGUAUUUUCGAGAUCUUUUUGCUUACAAAGAAAAAUUGAAAGAUUUCUUUGUCGACGACCGGUUACGGCCGGUGAAGCCCACAAAAGAAAAUCUAUAAUGGCCCAUAACACAACACAAACACGAAGCCCAUAACAGAACAUAUUUAACAAAAAAAAGCGUGGGUCCCACAACUUGCUGACGUGGUGCUUCAAAAAAGAGAAAACUGUCUCAUUAUAUUAUAGAUCAGAUAUGGUUCGUGUUAUGUCUAACACCUUUAGUUAAUAACGGGUUUAUUUCUUAAAUUUGUUUUGAAAACAUUGAUCUAUUGUGUGUAUAAGUUUCCAUUCGUUCGAUAUUUCAUUAUACUUGUAGCGACUUUUGUGUGAUUGACCUAAAAGUUUAACUUUCCUUGGGAAAUUCUAUAUUUAGUAACUUUUGAUGUGUCACUCUUCCCAACCAAAUAGACUACGCAUAAUGCUACAAACAACACAAAAUGAGGAGGCUAUUCUUAGUCUUAGCUCGUAAAAUUACCUACGCGAAAUCUCCAAAAAAGAAUAGGAGCAAGAAUUCACAAGAACAAAGAGAGAACGAGAGAGAAAAAUAUAAAGAUCUCUCAUGAUACUUUACCAACCAAAAAACAAGGAUCUAUUCGGCCAGAAGAACAAAAAGUAGUAGAAGUGAAUAUCCUCAUGAGCGUUUACAGGUAAAUCAUCGGAGAAAAAGAAGCUAUAAGCCAAUAUGAAAAACAACAGGAACGUAGAUUCCUCGAAACAGAUGUUAGAGGGCGUCGAGAUAGAUCCAAAUGGCGAAAACACAACCAAUAGCAAUAAUGCCGAGAGUAGUGGAGGUGGGAUCUUGAAAAAUGUGUCGAGGAAUCUCGGUGUGGGAUCAAUAAUCAGAUCGAUUAAAAAGAGCGGUAAUCUCGGUCUUCAUAACACGAGGAAGAGCGGAAACUUGGGGCCUACGCUACCUGUUGCCCUAGAAAAGAAACAAGGGCCACAAAGAGUUGAGAGGACCACGUCUAGUGCGGCUAGGGGACUACAGAGUCUCCGGUUCCUUGAUCGGACCGUCACAGGACGGGAACGUGACUCAUGGAGAUCCAUCGAGAACCGUUUCAAUCAGUUCGCCGUUGAUGGAAAGCUUCCCAAGGAAAAAUUUGGCAUUUGCAUCGGAAUGGGAGAUACAUUGGAGUUUGCGGGAGAAGUAUACGAAGCAUUGAGUAGGAGAAGACAAAUGAACACCGAAAAUGGGAUCGAUAAAGAACAAUUGAAGCUCUUUUGGGAAGAUAUGAUCAAGAAAGAUCUAGAUUGUCGCCUCCAGAUCUUCUUUGACAUGUGUGACAAGGACGGAGAUGGGAAGCUAACAGAAGAAGAGGUUAAAGAGGUGAUGGUCUUGAGUGCAUCGGCUAAUAGGCUCGCGAAUCUCAAGAAGAACGCUGCGUCUUAUGCUUCUUUGAUCAUGGAGGAACUUGACCCUGAUCACCAUGGUUACAUUGAGAUGUGGCAACUCGAGGUGCUAUUAACAGGAAUGGUAGCAAACCCUGCAGACAACAAAAAGAUGGUGAGGAAAUCUGAAACGCUAACGCGAGCCAUGAUCCCUGAACGUUACAGAACGCCAACGAGCAAGUACGUUUCAGUAACCGCUGAGCUAAUGCUCGAACACUGGAAGAAGAUUUGGGUCGUUAUAUUGUGGCUCGUUGUCAACGCCUGCCUCUUCACUUGGAAAUACACCGAGUUCUCAUCGAACCCUCUUUAUAACAUUGCGGGGCGUUGCGUUUCCGUCGCUAAAGGAACCGCCGAAAUGCUCAAAUUCAACAUGGCUUUGGUCUUGGUCCCCGUUUUACGAAGAACCCUAACGUUCCUCAGGUCUUCUUUCUUGAGCCACGUGAUCCCAUUCGACGAUAAUAUCAACUUCCACAAGUUGAUAGCCGUGGCGAUCGCACUCACUUCCUUGCUACACACGGCACUACACUUGCUAUGCAACUACCCCAGGCUAAGCACUUGUCCUUACGACGUGUACUCUGAGUACGGAGGAAAACUCUUGGGGCACAAGCAACCCACCUAUUUAGGUCUAAUGCUAACCCCGGUUACGGUUACGGGACUUCUGAUGAUCGUCUUCAUGUGUAUCUCUUUCACGCUCGCCAUGCAUUACUUCAGAAGGAACAUUGUGAAAUUGCCUAAGCCGUUUAAUGUUCUUGCUGGAUUUAAUUCAUUUUGGUAUGCUCAUCAUUUGCUGGUUGUUGUCUACGCUCUUCUCAUCAUUCAUGGUUACAUUCUUAUCAUCGAGAAGCCGUGGUACCAAAAGACGACAUGGAUGUACGUGGCUGUACCUAUGGUGUUGUACGCGAGCGAAAGGCUUUUCUCGCGAGUUCAAGAACACAACCAUCGUGUCCACAUUAUCAAGGCUAUCGUAUAUUCAGGUAAUGUUCUUGCACUCUAUAUGACAAAACCUCAAGGGUUCAAGUACAAAAGUGGCAUGUACAUGUUUGUCAAGUGCCCGGACAUCUCCAAAUUCGAAUGGCAUCCAUUCUCUGUCACUUCUGCACCCGGAGAUGAAUAUUUGAGCGUUCAUAUAAGAGCAUUGGGAGAUUGGACAAGUGAACUUAGAAACAGAUUUGCCGAGACAUGCGAGCCACCUCAAGCAUCGAAACCUGGUCCAAAUAAUCUUGUUAGGAUGGAAACAAGAGCAAGAGGUGAAAAUCCUCACAUUGAAGAAUCGCAAAUCUUAUUUCCACAAAUAUUCAUCAAAGGACCAUAUGGUGCUCCGGCACAAAAUUAUGAGAAAUUCGAUAUCCUUUUGUUGAUCGGGCUAGGGAUUGGUGCAACCCCAUUCAUAAGUAUCCUAAAAGACAUGCUGAAUAAUCUCAAACCUGGUACUCCAAAACCCGGGCAAAGGGGCGAAGGAAGUGUAGGAAGUGAGAGCUUAGGAGGAUCUAGUGUAAAUGGAGGUAGGAAGUUUCCACAAAGAGCAUAUUUUUAUUGGGUGACAAGAGAACAAGCUUCUUUCGAAUGGUUCAAAGGAGUUAUGGAUGAUAUCGCCGUGUAUGACAAAAACAAUGUGAUAGAAAUGCAUAACUACUUAACAAGUAUGUACGAAGCAGGAGAUGCAAGAUCUGCUCUAAUCGCUAUGGUUCAAAAACUUCAACAUGCCAAAAACGGUGUUGACAUUGUUUCUGAGAGCCGAAUACGAACACAUUUUGCAAGACCCAAUUGGAGGAAGGUUUUCUCUGAAUUGUCAAGCAAGCACGAAACUUCUCGCAUAGGCGUAUUCUACUGUGGAAGUCCAGCGCUUGUCCGACCAUUGAAUUCACUUUGUCAGGAGUUUAGUCUCGAGUCGUCCACUCGCUUUACUUUCCACAAAGAGAAUUUCUGACAUUUUUCCCCCUAAAAUGUUUUCGGUUAAGUAAAACAACAAAUUUUUGAAUUCAAUUAUUCAUUUGGUUAUAAGGACAUGUUGUAGUUUAGUUGGUUGAAUGAAGUAUGCUCUAUAGCACUAGUUUCAGUCAACUCUAACAGUAAUUGUCCUUCAGACGUCAAUACCAUAGUUCAAAAUUUCAAAUCACAUGUGACAUGUACGUAGUAUUUUCUUAAGUAAUGUAUAUAUACAUAUAUGUACAUAUUAUGAUCUUUUU